GGUAGAUCUAGGUGUGACUAAAUCAGAAUCACUUUUCCCCUCGCUUUCUCUCUCCUUCCAUAGUUCCUUACUCACGAGUGACUAGCAAUGAAUUUUAAUGGAUCUCCGGCAGCACUGAAGAUAAGGACAGAGCAGCCCGUGGUCUUUCUCAAAGAGUUUGCUCUCUCUCCUCUAAUAUACCUGAGACUCGUUGGAAUACUUUUCUCCAUCAUUGUCUUUGGCUGCAUGUCAGACAAAGGGAUUGUAAAAAAAAAUAAUGCUGGUGAUAGUGCCUGCUUGUAUAAUGGUUCAGGGGCCUGUAACUAUGCCAUUGGAAUUGGUGUCAUAGCAUUUCUCAUUUGCAUUGCUUUCCUUUUUAAGGAUGUUGCUAUGGUUGUGGUCGAUUUUUCCGGAUACAUAAUAGCAAAGACUGGUAUCAUUAUCCUUGAUUUAAUUGUGAACGGGUUUUGGUGCUUUCUGUGGUUUGUUUGUUUCUGCUAUACAACCGAUCAGUACAGAAAAACUGAGGAUAUUUUUAAAUCUAACUAUUCUGCCAGUGUCACAAACUGUCUCAGGGCAACAAUAACCUUUUCAUUCUUCUCAGUUAUACUUUGGAUUGCUAUCAUUGUUUUCAAUGUCUUGUUUCUCAUUUGGAUAUUGAGAGGGACUGAUCGUGAUUGUAGAGGCUUAAAUGCUGCCGGCCAAGAGGGCGACAACGAUGCUCCGGAAAAUUACGACGAUGAAGAAGAAAAGAAAAUGCCUCAGGGAGGAGAUAAUUAUACUCCACCUGAAUAUUAAAUUAAUGUUUUUUUGACUGCUCCAAGUCCAAAGUGACACUAUUAUGGUGCAAUUGAUUGUACUGGUGUGUUUAGAAUAACUUGUGUUAAAUUUAGUAACACGUAAUGA